UGAAACUUCCCUGGUAGCCAGAAUAGGAUAGAAAAAAAAUAUUACAAAAGAUAGAGUUUCUGCCUACUUCUGUAUGAAUCAAAGACUUCAACAGGCUGCUGAAUCAGGUAGCAUCAAUGACCUUUAUGCUUUGAUCGAUGAGAAUCCGUGCAUACUGGAGAACAUCGAUGCCAUGCCAUUUGUAAACACUCCACUUCACAUAGCUGCAUCUUGUGGGGAAAUAGCGUUCGCCGUAGAGAUGCUGAAUCUCAAGCCUUCUUUUGCGAAAAAACUCAAUACAAACGGGUGCAGUCCGUUGCACCUUGCUGUGGAGAAGGAUCAACAAGAGCUCGUCACCUGGCUGCUCAGGAUUGAUCCCAGCCUUGCUGGCGUUAAAGGCAGAGAAGGCAUCACGCUGUUCCAUCUCCUAGUGUUAAGAGCGAACGUCGAUCUUGUGGUAGAGUGCCUCAUAACAUCUCCUGAAUGUAUUAAAGAUGUGAGCGUGAAUGGCCAAAAUGCUCUGCAUCUUGCUGUGGUGAAUGAAAGAUUUGAAGUUCUGCAGGUCCUCACCGGAUGGAUCCAGAGAAUGAGUCAGAAAAAUGCUCGCUCUAUCGAGUAUUCAGUUCUGAAUAAGAAGGAUUUAACCGUCAACACGCCUCUGCACCGUGCAGCAUAUUAGAAUGAUCAUCAGAUGGUGAAAUUGUUACUAGAAUGUCGAAUGGUUCAACGUAACGAAGUAAAUGGUGAAGGUUUAACAUUCCUUGAUAUCUUAAGAAGACAGGGACAAAUUGUUGAAGGUGGAGACUUGGAACAAGCUGCUCUAAAAACCGGGAGCAAGCAAGCAGCUUCGCUGCCAAAACUGAUGAAAAAAACAUACGAUUUCUUCAAAUCACCAAUCACGUUUUGGGCUUACUGCUCCACGCAUACUAGACGCAUUAGUUCCGACACAUCAGACGAAGCUCGUGGAGUCUUCUUUGUAAGUUUAUGAGAAUUAAUGAGAGUUUAUGAGAAUUAUUUGAGAGAUUUUGGUGAAGAACUAAGAGAGAUAUGUGAGGGAAUCCAAGAGAGAGAGACAAAAAUAUUUGAGAAACAUUUUUCC